AUGGCGGAAUCUAUGAACCCCCCGCUCUCCUAUGAGCCCUCUGCCACGACAACCCACCCUCAUGAGGCCACCUCGCUGCCCUCGGAGGUGGUGGCCUGCCUGAAGAACUCCCGCUUUCUGCAUCUGGCAACAUGUGACAACCUCACCCCGCACAUCUCGCUGAUGUCUUAUACCUACCUCCCUUCAACGCCCUACGAUCCGUACCCCACCAUCAUCAUGACCACCAACACCGCAUCCCGCAAAACCAACCAUCUCCUCUCCAAUCCGCGCGUCUCGCUGCUGGUGCACGACUGGGUAUCCCACCGUCCACCAACUCGGGCGCCCAACACGCAGGGUGAACGCGACGGCUCUCCACCUCCGGCCGCGACCCGCUCAUCUCUCGCGAGUCUGCUGUUGAACCUGAACACCAGCGCUCUGUCGAGUAUCUCUACAACCAUCACGGGUCAGGCGCGCUUCCUGGAGCCGGGCUCCGAAGAAGAGCGCUGGUGCAAGGAGCGUCAUCUGGAGAAUAACACCUUUGAAGAGGAGGAGAUCAAUCUGUUCGGACAAGGACAGCAACAGCACGGUGACGCUGCCACCCGUCGGCCCAGCAUGACCAUCGAGGGCGACGUCCGUGUGGUGACUGUCCCGGUGCGCGAAGGCCGUAUUGCUGACUGGAAAGGUGGGGUUCGUGACUGGAUUUUGCUUCCUUCUCAGGCUACUCAGGAGAGCCUCGUCAAUGGAGUAUAA